GUGGCGAAACAUCGAUGUAUCCGGACAUCGAUAUAUUUGGCGGAAAGCAUCGAUUUAAACGGCUGUAUCCCCUGAUUCGCGGUAAAGAUUAAAGAUUCAAUGAUUUCGAAAACAUCGAUACAUCGAUGACACCGAUGUUUCUACACCUUUACAGUCGAUCCAUCAAUAAAAAUCCAUCGGUGUUUUGCCACCUCUAAUAAACUAAAGAAAACGAAAAGAUUGAUUAAUUCCGGACGACGCGACGGGGCAGAAAAGUGACAUGUCCAAAGAAAAGGAAGACGAGUGCGACAAGCACAAGCAGCAGGCGGAGGCGGAGGCCAAGUCGACGUCAAGUGACGAUUCGGACGAGUACCAGUCGGCCGGUGAGGGCGAGGACGGCGAAGGUGGUGACGGUGAUCCCUCUGCGGAGCGUCCGCCGACGCACGCACACCUGUGCGCGGCAGCAACCACACCUGAGGCGGCCAGCGAUAGCACCACCACCACAGCCACAACACCAACAGCAGCCGCAGCGGCAUCACCUCCCCAAGUUACAGUGAACGAGCCCUUGGAUUAUCCGAUGCAUCAGAGCGUGUUCGAGGACGACAUCAAGUCGCUGCAGCGUCGCCUUUUAAUGACCACAGCCCAGGACGAGGUGGGCCGGAAGGACAAGCACGGAAACACACCGCUUCACCUCGCUGUAAUGCUAGGCAGGAAGCAUGCCGUGCGUCUGCUACUGGCCCACAACGCUCCCGUGAAGAUCAAGAACAACGAGGGCUGGUCCCCGUUGUCCGAGGCCAUUAGCUACGGCGACCGUCAGACUAUAACACAGGUGCUGCGCAUGCUGAAGCUGCAGUCCCGCGAACACAUGGAGGGUCGGCGGGAGAAGCUGGUUAAUGCACUUCGGCAGAUGCAGGACUUCUACAUGGAGUUUAAGUGGGACUUUCAGUCCUGGCUGCCGCUCGUCUCACGCAUCCUGCCCUCGGACAUCUGCCGGCUAUACAAGUCGGGUGCCUCGAUUCGCCUGGAUACGACGCUGGUGGAUUUCAACGAUAUGCGUUGGGAGCGCGGCGACAUCUCGUUCCUGUUCCGUGGCGAGGCGCCGCCCAGGGAAUCGCUGGUGCUGCUGGACAACGAGCAGGAGUGCUUUCAGCGGCUGCGCUACGAGGAGUCCGACAUGGAGGACGAAGUCGAUGUCCUCAUGUCCACCGACAUCCUGGCCACCCAGAUGUCCACCAAGACGAUACAGUUUGCGCGGGCGCAGCGUGGCUGGAUAUUCCGCGCAAACCGCAAGGAACUUAUUGGCGGACAGUAUCAGUGCGAAAUCUACACAAUCCAGGGUCUGAUCCUCAAGCAGCGCAAACGACGCGAACACCUCUCUCACGAGGAUCUACAGAAGAAUCGAGCCAUUGUCGAGACAAUCACCAAGGGCGGCACCAGUGGCAAUCAACAGCCGGAUGGCCGGCGCUCCAGCCUCAACAGCCAGCACACGGCCACGCCGCCCGAGACCAAUACGCCGACGGCACCGAAUGGCAUCACACUGCCGGAGUUGCCGCGUCGCAGUUCGCUCCAGGCACCGCCCGCCACCACGGUCACCUGGCGUCAGUAUCUGGACGCGGAAGUGGGCAAGUGCCCGCAGCUGGGCAGGCCGCCAGUCCACAAGCAGUCGAACAAGACGCUGCGUGCCACUGUGGCGAUGAGCAAGGACUUUCCCCUAAGCGUGGAUAUGCUGCUAGACGUUUUGGAGGUGGUGGCACCGCUGAAGCACAUCAACAAGCUGCGCGAGUUCGUCACUCUUAAGCUGCCGACGGGCUUUCCGGUGAAGAUCGAGAUCCCCGUGCUGCACACGGUCACUGCAAAGGUGACGUUCCAGAAGUUCGAGUUUCGCGACAACAUCCCCGCCAAGAUGUUCCAGAUACCGUCACACUACUGGGAGGAUGUGCGACGCUUUCAGGACUUAUGACCAGGCAACGGUGAAGCCGCCGCCGCCCCACCCAAGGCCAAAGCCUCAUCCUCUUCAUCCGGAUCGAGCGUGCAUGUCGAUUUGAAUCGCAAUGCGCCGCCGUCCCCCUCCAUUGCGGAGUUUGAUUGAAGAGAAUUAGAAAGGCUCACGUCUACGUGGCCCCGAAUUUCUGCCUGCCUGCCUGCCUCUGCCCCGCCCUCUAAAUUGUGUCGCUCGUGGAGUGGGUGUAUCUGCUCCAGCAAAGAGCUCUGUGUUUUGUGUAUGUAUAUGAUUAAGAGGAAAUCCGACAUACCCAAAAAAAAACAAACAAAAAUUGCAAUUUUAAAAGGAUAUUUAUUUUAAAGUAAAGAAUCGAUUUGCUUUGCUGCAGAUGUCUCAAAUUCAAAAGUGACACGCUCUUGAAAUUGCAAUUUUAGCUUUAUUUUUUUGUUAUAUGUUUAUGUAAUUCUAUUUGUUUAUAACUGGUAACACACCCUGUGCAUCUCCAGGGGUAAUAUUACGUAUUAUUUCAUAGUAUUUAUUUGUUAGACACAUCAACAUUCGCAACUCGUGGGUGUGAAUCACGCACUUUACGGCGGAGUAAGUGAGCUUUUCUGUUUGUCUCCGUAGAACAGCUGCCCCAAAAGCCAGAAGGUUCUACUGCCUCGAUUAUGGACGGUAAUCGUGGCUAAAAUAAAUGUCCAAUCAUAAAGAAGGCGGCCGAUAUGACACACACCACACAAAACCAAACAUAACACAAUCAAAAGGUAGUUAGUCGAAUGAUCCGAUAAAGCUGUCCACAAGAAUCAGAUUGUUUCCAUACAACACCCCGUUUAUCAUCGUAUUUAUAUUGUGUACAUCCCUUUCCGUGUUUAGUGCAAUUUUCAUACAUAGUUUUAAGGUAAACUAAGCUUGCCGGAAGUCUAUUUUCGGCACCAGUUCACACGUCCCUAAAAAAUAGUCUCUCUCUUUGCAUGUUGCGCUUGUUUCCUACACCAAUGAUUUCCUAAUAGCCUAGAAGUAC